CGAUUUCGUCAUAAAUUAUUAGACAACACCGCAGUAUUUCAAUCGAACGAACUUUUUAGUCGGUUUGGAUCAGUCAGUGGUUGCAUCUUAUGCAGUUAAGUAGCGUUUUUUUUUACGAUUUGUGUUAUUUUUUCGGUGAUAUUUAAAAAUUUUAAAGUAAAAUUUUAUUUUGAUCAAAAUGAAUCAUAGCUGGAAACCUCAACACCAGAUUAAAUCCAGAACCCAGCUUAUAAUGUCUCGAGCUGCUGCACGUAAAAGACCUCAUUCCCCUGACCCUAAAUAUGUUGGUGAUGGCGUAGAAAAAGAAAAUAUUUAUUAUACAUCUGUCAUUGAUGGUAGUAGUAGUAAAAAGCCCAUAAACAAUGAUAGCGAUAAAGUUUUGGAUAUAUCCAAACCAAUCUCUAAAAAUUGUUUGGAUACAGUAACUCAAGAUCAACAAUAUCUGCAUUUGGGAAUACUUAAGGACAAUCAAAAUACGGAUGGUUCAUGGUUAAAGCCAGUUCUUAAUCAUGGACUUGAUAAUGUUUUACCGAAUUCGAUAUUUUCGAAUACGGAAGAGUCUGUGGCAAACGAGACAAUUUCGAAAGUUCCUCAAAACAGUAUUAAAAUGUUUGGUGAUUACGCCGAACAAAGCUUAAACGAUAUAUCUUUUAGAAGCAGUAUUUUUAACUUAAGUGAUAACGAAAAAACUGCAGCGGAUGAAAGAACAGAAAAGAGCUUUGAUCUAGAUGAAAACGAGGAAAUCAGAGUAAAUGAAAAUUUAAAAGUUGGCGUCAAUCCAACUGAAAACGAAAAAAUAACGGUGCGUGAAAAUACAGAAGUCGUGAACAUCUCUGAAAAUAUCCCUGCUUUUUCGUACCCUAUUACCAAAGACGGAACUACAUCAAAAAGAAAAAAGUUCCAUAAGUCGGUAGAUCAAAGAAAGCAGGCAAAUCAGGAAAAAAAGCGCAAUUUUUUAAUGUUAAAGAACCAUGUAAUAACCAGUGCCCCAAAAAAUGUGUCGAAAAUAUAACGAACGAAACACGCCUGCAAAUUAAUAAGGACUAUGUUUCUUUAGGAGACUUGGAAAAUAAAACGUUCUAUUUUGACAAAUACAAUGCAAGCAGCUCCCACCAAAGUCUUGAAAAACGCUGCUUCUUCCAAAAGUCGCACUAUCCAGCACUUUUUUCAAAAUGAAACUGGAGAGAGAAAACAAGUGUGCAAAAUAUUUUUCCUUACCACUCUCCGGUACAACAAGAAAAAUGAUCGGUUUGUACUACAAACCAUCAGUAACAGCGAAAAUCACAAAACUGUUAACCAAGAUUUAAGAGGAAAAAAAAGGUCAUCAAACCAAAAUUGAUAAAGACAAAAUAUCAAAACACAUUGAGUCCUAUAACCCAUCCAUAUCGCAUUAUCGCCGAGAAUAUGCACCCAACCGACGGUAUCUACCCAGUGAUAUUAGUAUUUCCAAAAUGAAUAAGGAUUUUAUAGCGAGAAAUCCCGAUAUAACUUGCAACUGUAACUCUUUUUGGAUAAUCCUUAAAAAGAAAAAUAUAUCUUUUACAAAGUUAGGUCACGAAGAGUGCGAGUUAUGCGAAAUUUUUGAAAAUGAUGAACAUGGAAAAGAAAAUUUGGAUCCUUCUUGUGAAAUAUGUCAAAAAUACACUAUUCACUCCAAAAAAGCAGAGCAAUCAAGGGCUCUUUACAAGGAAGACGCCAACAAAAUAAAUCCUAAGAAUGAAGUGUACUACUCAGCCGAUUUGCAAAAAGUUAUAAUGCUGCCUCGAAUGGAAAGCUACAAAAUUGCAAUUUUUACACAAAGAAUAAUUGCUUUUAACCAAUCCUUUGUACCAGUCGGCACAAAUCAAAAAAAUCUCAGGCCAAUUGCCGCGAUAUGGCAUGAAGGUAUUGCCGGCAGGAAGAAAGAGGACCUGAUCAGAGCAUUCCAUCAAUUUUUCUUAAAUAAUAGAGAUGCUAUUAAAAUCACUUUGUGGCUGGAUAACUGUGCGGCCCAAAACAAAAAUUGGACCAUGUUGUCGUACCUUGUGUAUAUAAUAAAUUCAGGAAUGAUUUCUGCACAAAAAAUCUUUAUUAAAUACUUUGGGCCAGGCCACACAUUUAUGAGUGCAGACAGUUUUCACAACCAGGUGGAACUCCAAAUGAAAUACAAGAAAAAUAUUUACGACUUUCCAGAUUUUAAGGAGGCUGUUGGGGCAGCAAAUUCUAGCAAAACUCGAGUUAUAGAUAUGAAUAUUCACCAGUUCUAUGACUGGCUAGAUUUGACAUCUAUAAAUCGCAUUAAAAAACUUAAACCAAGGCCGUAUAUCAGUGAUUUUACUACACUGAUGGUAAAACAAGGCAGUAAAGCAAUAUUUUACACGGAAAAUUAUGACUAUGAAAACAUAAAAACUCUAGAAUUUUUAAAAAUUAAGAGCGAAAAAGAGCCCAUUUCAUUACCCGGUGCAAGAAACCAACCGAGAGGAAUCAACCCAGAAAAAAAAUCUGCUAUAUUAAAAAAACUGUGUUUCCUGAUGAGCACAGACAGGCAAAUAUUUUGUCAAGAAAUCCCAGAAAAUACGUUAUCAAGAGAUUUAAACACCUCAAUUGAUUAAUUUUUAAUUAUAGUUAUAAAUGGGUAUUAUUGAACAUUCAAUAAGAGCAGGCACUAAUUGUGCCAUUCUUAUUAUAUGUCAAAUUAUAAUGUAAUUAUGUCAAAUGAUUGCCAAAAUAAGAAUGGCAUAAUUAGUGACGACUCUUAAUUGAAUGUUCAAUAAUUCCCUAAAUUAAUCAUUUAAUAUUAUUAUUACUUAGUAUUUUAUUGACAUACAUUUUUCUAUGUUACCUUUACUUCUGUUUAACAGUGUUACUAAUU